CAAGAACACUGUAAGGUUAGUGAGUAUACGAGAGCCACUCUAGCAAGAUACAUUCAUCCCACAGUAAGAAUCAGUCAAGCCAUAGAGAACAGGCACCCCACAAGAAGCACAGCCACCCAACAAGAAGCACAACCACCCUACAAGAAGCACAGCCACCCUACAAGAAGCACAGCCACCCAACAAGAAGCACAGGCACCCUACAAGAAGCACAGCCACCCUACAAGAAGUACAGCCACCCUACAAGAAGUACAGCCACCCUACAAGAAGUACAGUCACCCUACAAGAAGCCAGAAGGGCACCAGCAGAGCUGAAGAAAUCCAUGAUGUCGUCCAAGUUCUUUUACCUCGUUGUUAUACUGGUUAUCGGUGUGUCAGGCGAUGUUCCUUACACCAGCUGUGACACAGACUGUGUCAAGGAAGUCCUGCAAGUUUUGAGUGAGACACAAGCGGCGACUGAGGAUUACUGUGUCCUUAACUGUACUGAGAAAGAUCCCGGUGAAAAAAUUCCUGAUCCUACUAACUGCCGUAGGUAUUACGUUUGCUUGGAAAAUGGACAUCCGAGUGAUAUUCCAUUCACCUGCGACGAUGACCAAAAAUUUGAUAAUGUAUCUUCCGAUUGUCAUGAAGCGGGCUCCGCUACUUGUGGAGUAUGUGCACCAAAAUGUCUUUAUUCAUGUCCAAGUCCUGGCGUAACUGCCGUAAUUGCGGAUCCGAACGACUGUGCCCAGUACUACCUGUGUGGAGUAAGUGAGGAUCCUAUUCACAUUCCUUGUCCCGCAGACAAUUACUUUGAUGGCACAGAAUGCCAGGCAGACAAGUCUCAGUGUUGUGAUCCGUGUAUAGUCUAUUGUACAGAUGCCUACACUGAGAUCGCUGAUCCAACAAAUUGCCAGAAUUUUUACUACUGUCCAGAAGCAAAUUAUUAUCCCGAGAGUGAUAAUUUACACACAUGUCCGGAGGGAGAAAAAUUUUCUGCUACAACAGGCGAAUGUGAUGGAACAGCUGACUGCGUGCAGCCAUGCGCCUCUCCUACUAACUGAACAAGAGUCAUCACAACCCUGUUGCAUGUGGGGCACCACAUCACAUGUGAGGCACAUAUGAGUUAUGGAACACAUACCUUUCACAUUUGUUGUUAAAAAUCACAUCUUACAUCAAAUAAAUAAAUUACCAAUACUGUGUUAUUGUAUCAAAAGUCUGUAAAUAAAUAAUUUAUUCUGA